AGAAAACAGUUUAUCAUCAUCGGUUGAUCUCAAAUGAAGUAACGAAAGCAAGAUGAAUUCAAACGCUGACUGUGUGAAUUUUGAUGAGGCGAUAAAGAGAUGUAAAUUUGGUAAAUUUAAUUACAUCCUUAUUGCACUCUCAGGUGGUGUGAUGGCAUGUGCAUUUAUUGAGCUCACGUGUGUUAAUUUUAUUCUACCACUGGCUCAAUGUGAUCUGGACAUGUCAUCAACGGACAAAGGAAUUCUCAGUUCCGUCGGUUAUCUUGGUGUAAUUCUAUCGUCGCAUCUGUGGGGCUUCUUGGCAGACACAAAGGGAAGAAGAUCGACGUUAAUACCGUCACUGCUAGUUGCGUUUAUAAGCACGGUUCUUUCUAGUUUGGCGAACAGUUUUUGGUUACUGGUAUUUCUGCGAUUCGUCAAUGGUUGUUUUAUAACCUGCACUUCAUCUACUACCGUUGCUUACUUGGGUGAAUUUCAUGAUAACAAAAACCGAGCACGAGUUUUAAUGACUACUUUCAUGCUGUACUCCGUGAUGGCCCUAUUGCUUCCGACGUUUGCAUUAUUAACGAUCAACCGAGAAUGGAGUUUCGACAUCGAUAUUUUACAUGUAACAUUCAAACCUUGGCGCUUAUAUCUCAUCAUUUGUGGUAUUCCGAGUUUGUGCGGGGCGCUAGUUUUAAUUUUCGUACUACCCGAAUCUCCAAAAUUUACAUUUUCACAAGGGUCUAUCGACGGAACACUAGCAAUUAUGCAACGAAUGUACCAAAUGAACACUGGACAAUCAGUUGAAAGCUUCAAUGUGAAAACAAUCGAAAAAAACGAUGAAUUUAAUGAGAGUCUGAAGAGUAAAUCAGAAGGAUUUUUCCACUUUAUGUGGUCACAGUCUGUACCGCUGUUCAAGGGCUCAAAUUUAAAGAAUAUUUUAACCGCAUGUUACAUUCAGUUCGCUGUUUGUAAUGCAACAAAUAGUUUUUGGACAUUUCUACCAGAAAUUUUAAACAAACUGAGCCUGUGGUCCCAAGCAUCAAAUGAGCCUGCAACAGUUUGUGAGGUAUUUACAUCAUCAACGCUUAUGCAUCAAAAUCAAAGCAGUGGAGAGUGUUUACAAAAGCUGGAAAUCAGCACAUUUUUGCAUAUUUACGAAAUAGCUGCGUUGUAUAUAAUAUCUUACGGCAUCAUUUCGCUGGUAAUCAAUAAAACCGGAAAAUUGAUCUUGAUCCUAUUAACCGUUUGGACUACUGGCCUUGCAGCCCUAUCUUUGAUCUUCGUUAACGUUCCUGCUAUUUCAUCUUAUUUGUAUAUGACUUUGAUUGCAGCUGGGCUUUCGAUUGGCCUUAUCAAUGCCUCAACCGUUGAACUCUUUCCAACGUCGAUGAGAGCGAUGGCAAUCUGUAUUUCACUGAUGGUUGGAAGACUUGGUAGUACAGUCGGUUCAGUUGUUAUCGGAAUGAUGAUAAACAAUUAUUGUUCUUGGACGUUUCUUAUGCCAACAUUUUUGUUAAUUUCUAGUGGAUUUUUGGCAUUUACAAUUCCUAACAUUUCUAAGUAAACAAGGGUUACGAAACUGUGAAGUGAAUAGAAUAAAGACUGACAUUAUCAGUGUUAUCAGUGUUAUAUUUUAGACAUUUGCUUAGAGUCAAGAUAAAAAAGAUAACACUUCUCACCUUGUUCAAUGAUUUUUAGCUAUAUAUGACUUUGAAUGCAACUACGCAGGUUGCUCCAACAAAGACACAAUACACACCGUUCGAUGCGCACAUAUUAUAAUCUCUAUGUGACAACAUCUCAACAUUCAAUAAAUUAGUCUGCGCUUCAAUAAAUUAUUUAAUUAUACAUUUUCCAUGCAAUGCACCACAAUAAGUAUUCAGAUGUCAAAGUGAUUAAAUAAAUUACAUAAAUAAAAUAGGACUUUCACUAAAAGCAAGUAGUCUCUUUUAUGUAUGGUGUCGUACACAUAUAUUAUAUUAUAUGUUGUGUAUUAUGCAUUAUAUCCAAUAUAAAUGUUUGUUAAGUUGAAUUUAAUUGACAAAUAUCAGUUCGAUUAAUGUAUUACCUCGCAUACGAAAAUUUAUUGCACGCUUGGUAUGACCGUCUUUUACUGGGAAAAUAUUUUCGAUAUCACCAUAAAGAUUUUAUUGCACCCAAUUGCGCUUUAUGCGUUUGAAUUUUGUGUGUGUGCUUCAGCGAAAAAUAAAGUAAUUUAAUUAGAAAUGUCAUGAUUAAAAUAUGUCAAACAUGGAUGUAGUUAAAUGCCGCCCGAGGUAGUGUCUAUUACAUCGCCAUAAGAGACGUGAACGGUUACUUAAAAAA